AUGCAAGCAAAAGGGGAUGAAGAGCUGUUGCAGGAGAAAACCAAUAGCAGCUGGGUGGAGAUGCUUUCACACCACCUGCUAAACCUAUGUAACACCGCUGUAUGCACGUUUUGAGAGGGAACUUGGUUUUCCCCCUGUACACCCUAAUCCAGGCUGAAUCAGUUCUGACUGGGUUUCAUAAUAUAUUGCAGACUCUGCAUUGGAAUUGCUUAUGUAGUGUAUAAAAUUUGCUGAAGCGAGGAUCAUUCAUCUCUCUCUUUUUUUUUUUUAACAGAUAAACCUCCUUCUUACUCGAAACCUCCUGAAGGAUUAGCACGUAAGUUAAACAUGCCUCUCUCUUCUCCAGCAAUGCACCAGAGCGUUCUGGUGGUAAAGUGUCGAACUGCUAAUCAACUGAAAUCUUUCACUUCAUAAGGCGUUCAUUUGCAUUUUAAAGGACCUAGAAUCAAAUGUAAUUACUUGCGUGUCUGUAUUAUCUAUCACCGGAGAGGGAUCCCCCUGGUGUUUAGUCCUGAAGCUAUUCACAGCAGAGGCAGAGCAAGUAGUUUUUAUGGAAUAUAGUACUUCUGCAGAAAGCCAUUCUGGAGAGGUAGCAAGUGUUAGGUUUGGAACGGAGGACUCGAUUUCAAAUCUUCACUUUGUGGCAUUGGAUCACACAGAGUUGUUCUGAAACUAAGGGCCUAACUACUUAUUACAUUACAGAACUUCUUCCCUCCCGGGAAGUCACUCAGAGAGAGAGAUAGAAUUUUUAAACAGAGAAGGAGCAGUGACUAUGGUAUUUGGGGGUUGUUGUGGGGUUUUUUUACUCCAAAGUGGCUUUUCCUAAAGAGAGAUGAAAGGAGGGAGGGCUGGAUUUUGAGGUUCAGUUAUGCAUAUGUAACAUGUAGAUGGGCUCUUACAAGCUACUCUGGAUUCCUUGGGAAAUAAAUGAGCUAUAAAUGCAGGCAACAAGCAAAUACAAUCAAGAGUAGUGCAGAAAGGAGCUUAUAUAACAGGAUUCAGCAACUGGCCUGAAUCCAGUUCUCCAAGACAAGGGCAUGGAACCUGUCAUUGAACUUCCACUCCCAUCAACUACAGCCACCAUGGGAAACAGUCAGGGAUGAUGGGAGUUGUACAACAUCAACAACAUCUGGAAGGCCACAGGUUCUCCAUCCCUGCUCUGAGAGGUGCUGCUUUAUGCUCUGGUGCGUUCGCGCACACACAUCAGUAUAGAUGUGGACAUUUGUGGCAUUUGAGGGCACAGAAUUGUCUGUCUGGCAUCUUUGGUGGCACAGGAACUCGUAUGUUAGAGUGGCCAUUCAGGGAAGCUAGUUGCAAACAUAAAAUAUAUAAUAAGGCCUCUGGUUUCUUGAUUAGCUCCAGAUGUAGUAGUUAAUGUAUUUUGUCACUGAGCCCCUAGUCCCUAGAAAUAAUACAUAAUAAAACUGAGUCUUAAAAGAAAUUAAUUAGGAUUGCAUCAUGUACAUGUGUCUGUAUGAAAGAAGUAAAAGAUCAGGAUGAGUGGAAGUUGCUGUCGUUUUCCAGCAUGUGUUCAGAGCGAUGCAUUCAGGGACGAGAUGCACUCUCGUACAAACUGCCCUGCCUCUCCUGUUGGGAAAGCUCAAUAUUAUGGACUGGAACUGAUUUCCAUGAUGAAACCAUCUGCCAAAAGUGGAAAAAACACAAUUGUUUCUAUUUAUGCAUUUGCUGACUUUCAAGCUGGCACCGCCUCCCAGCUUAACAGCCUUUCCGCUCCCCACCUAAUCGACUGAAGAUGCUGGGGAGCAAAAUUGGCAGGGCACUAGUUUAAUUAUUUUUAUUUUUAAAUCCCUCCCUAUCCCAAAGGCACAUACUUGAAGGAUAUGAGAAUUUAAAAAUAAGUCUGCUAACAUUAGAAAAUAAGUUAUUUUAGUCCUACAAACUGAAAACAAGCGGCAGCUAGCAGGAAAUGUAGUGGGCCUAAAACUUGAGCUGGCUUUAGGUGGCUCAGGGCCACAUUUUCAACCGCAUCUAACUUCCACGCUUUGUUCCCAUGGCUCAUACACCGUUGUCACGCUGCCAGAUGUGCUGAGUUCUGGAGGUUAGUCUUUCCUUCAAGUUGGCAUUGGGUCCAGAAAUAUUGGUGCACUCUUGAAGUGCAAUACAGUGGCUCGUUUCAGCAGGCAGUUGCGGUUGGCAGACCAAUCCUAUCUGCUCUCAGAGUGGCCUACUAGCAGUUUCCCCUGCAUUACAGUGAUACCUCGGGUUACAUACGCUUCAGGUUACAGACUCCGCUAACCAAGAAAUAUUACCUUGGGUUAAGAACUUUGCUUCAGGAUGAGAACAGAAAUUGUGCUCCGGCAGUGCGGCGGCAGCAGGAGGCCCCAUUAGCUAAAGUGGUGCUUCAGGUUAAGUACCGUUUCAGGUUAAGAACAGACCUCCAGAACGAAUUAAGUUCUUAACCUGAGGUACCACUGUACUGUAUUUGGUGCUAUUUUUCUGGGGAAAAAGAUGCCAGAACUCACCGCGAACACCUCCCUUGUUCUCUUAGAACGGCCACGGAACCCACCUGAGAGGUGCCGGAAAUGAGUUCCAGAGAGGAGUGGCUGAAAAUAAGCCUUGACUCUGUUUAUUUAUAAGAAAUAUUUGUAUGCCACUAUUCAGUUAAGAAAAAUAAUAGUUGCUGUUUACCAUACAUAGGGAGAGGCCCAAAGGCAGGUGGGCAUGAAAGGAGGCACAGGGUCUGUUUUUGGCAAAGGAAGGAGGAGGAGAAUAAAUUUGAGUUCCCAGUUGAUGGGCUCAUGGGCUACUAACUGCUGAACACUGAUAAUCAAAAUGCAUAGGGAAGCACACUUUUUGUUUAGAAUGCGCUCUCUCUCUCUCGCUCGCUCUGUAAUUCCUUUUUUAAAAAAGGAUUCUAAAUAGAAGUACUUCUUGAUUUAAUUAAUUUGUUUUCUCCAUUUUCACAGCUGUCUUCCACGGCCUGGACACUUUGACAGUCGUGGGCAUUGCCUUUGCAGCCUUCGUUAUUGGUGCGCUGCUGACAGGAGCACUGUGGUUUAUCUAUUCUCACACAGGUGAGCAUGAAAAUUCUCGAUCUCACACACACACAUGCGCGUGCGCGCACACACACACACACGCAGAUCGCAUAAUAACAUAAUACGUUGACUGUGGGUCACCUGCUGGUAGCAGCCAAAUGGAAGCAUGUUGAGUCAGAUUGGAUCCAGUCUGGCACCUACCAAUCAUAAAUAAACUGCCACAACAAAUACCAACCCAGCAGAGGAUAAAAAAAGCUGAGGAGCAGUGGCAUAGCCUGGGUUGCCAGUACCCAGGCCCACACGGAGGAGGGAAAUGUAUGGAGUACACAUGCGCAUUCAGCUGCCUAAGGCAUCCACGUCACCCAGGAGAUCACAGCCACAGAGAUAAGAAAACAAGAGUCAUUCUGUUGUCUGGAGAGGUCACUUCCUGGUUUACACGGAGAAGCCAUUUUCAACGGAGCCCAGUGACGGAAGUGUGUAUUGAGGCAGCAACAAGUGCAGGAAUUUUGUACCCCUAACAAAUUUUGCACUCAGGCCAACCCCCCCUUCCUCCCCCCCAUGCUACGCAACUGGUGGCCUGUAACUAUGUUUUUGGUUUGGAAAAGGCUAAAUAAGAAUGAAACUAUUUAUGUUUGAACUGAAUCUGUAAGAGGAAUGGGUUUCCAUUUGACUUUUCUGUAUUGUUUUUAUUUUAAGUGUGAGCAGCAGGGAGGAAAGACUUGCGAUUGGGUUUUAUUUUAGUUGUGUGCCUUGCGUGAUUUGUAUAUUUUGGAUGUUUAACUGUUUUAUAAAACUGUAAUAAAAAUCUAAGUUUAGCAGCGGGAAAGGGUAUUAAAUCAAAGCAGGUCAUGUUGAGCCAAGCAUGGCAAGGGAGGGCUUGCUUUGUACUCUGAAAACUGAGGAUCUGUUUGAAUGAACAGAGGUGACAGAGGGAGACUAAAACGUGUAGCGAACAUUCAUUGAGAAGCUGUAAUUUAAAAGAAAGGGGAGAAAAAUAAUUAUAACCAUGCCCCAGGUGUCUACCAGUCUAUCCAGUUCCUCCUCUUGAAUAGCUUUGGUGGAGUGGCAAAAGAAGUAUUGUCAGAAAGCUGAAAAGAACUGGAAGCUAAUAAAGAGGGGCACCUGCAACUUUCCCCUAGGAGAUUCUCAAAUGCCAUCCACCUUCAGAAAUGGUUUAGGGCUGUUGUUACAGCAACCGCCAGCAGACCUAUUAGUUCUCAAGCCCUGUUUGCAUGUUUGAAAAUCCCAGGCUCCCAAUGGCAACCAGGGAAUGAGGCAUGUGCCAAAGGAAAGAGAGGAAGGCAAAGCUGACAGAGAAUAGGGGAAAAGGGACUGGCAAACCCACUCAUUCAAAUUCGACCCAUUUUUCCAGCCACAUUUCCCACCAGUUGGUGGGCAUCUCACUAGCCGGUGUAGAUUUAUGGCUGCUAGGCUCAUUCUGUGUACUGGUCUGAAUGGAUGGAGGCCGAGGUGCUGCAGUUGGAGGCCGUGGCAAAUAAUGUUCGUUCCACAAGCAGCGAAAAACUGAGUUCUCUCCCCACCUCCCUUUGGAAGAGGAGAAGGAGGAUGGAGAAACGAUUUAAUCUCCAGCAGAGAUUGGUGCCACUGAGACAAGAGGGCAUAACCCCAUACUUGAAAGGGGAAAAUGCAUCUGUGGAAAGCUGUCCGGAGAAAGGAGGAAAGGAAGAGGCGAAAGGGAGGGAGGGGGAAGAAAAAAACAAGACGAUAUAUUUUUGGCAUUCAGACUUUGACAGCUGUGCAUGCCUUUUCCCCUGAAGACGAAAAGGUAUUCAUUCUGCACCAAGUUAAAACAAAAUGUAUACAGAUCAUAUCUGGUGCGCUGUGGUUGCUGCACAGCUCUGUGUAAUAGUGGAAUGGGUGACAGCAAAACUGUAAUAGGACCCAGCAGCUGGGAAUAUAGGCCAGUUUUGCAGUUUGCAGAGCACUUUCCUGGCAGAGGCUUGCAGGGGCCCUAUUAAGGGAAUGGAAGCAACUGUAUUUUCUGUGUUUAAUAUGGAAAUAGGGUGGCUUCCCUGCCCCCCCAGGCCGGCACUCAAUGUUCCUAAUUUUUAGUGCCGGGAAGCUCCACACCCCCAGCUUCCCUAAACAUGGCUUUUCGCUUACAGAGAUGGCUUUUGCAAUGUAAGGGGAAGGACCUACAGUUAGAUAAAGUACAUACAGGAUAAAGUGACCCAUUCAAGUGAGGAACUUGAGAAAAAUCCCAAAAUGUGGCAUGAACCCAGUAAUUUCAUAGAGGGCUUUCUGCUAAAAGGCACAGCAGUGCAUUGUGCUACAAAAAAGCAUCAGACUAAAUUCUAAUCUGCAUUGCAGGAAAUGUUGGUGUUUUUAUGGAUUCACACCAAUAAAACUUAACACAUUUAAAUAAGUGUUUUGGCAUAUCCACCUCCCACAAGAUCAUUCCUAAUCUAGUCCCUCAAAUAAGUGUUUCACGAGAAAGAUGAGGCCCUUCUCAUGUCUCCAGUCGGACCCCUGAGAUUUUUCCCUAUUUCUACUCCUUCCUAUCCCAUCCCUUCUGGAGGCCUCUUGUGGAAAUAAGUCACAGUUUUUCAUUUUACUCAAUAUGGGGGAAAGGGUCACUGCGAUAUAGUGCAGCAAACAGAACCUAGAAAAGUCUGUGCCAGGGAGACUUGCGUUUGCAUUGUUGAGCUGUGGGGCAGUCCUAUAUUCUUAACACAGGGCUGUUGCGAGGACAAAAUGGAUGCUGUCUUUGAGCUCCUUAAAACAAUAGCAGGAUAUGAAUGAUAUGCACAUAUGUAAAUUAGAAUCACAAAUUAGUAGAUUUGGAAAGAACCUCGAGGGUCAUCCAGCCCAACUGUGAUGGCAAGAAGAUUGUGGAGAUGUUCCUUGUAAGACCAAACUCUUUCUCCCUCCCCUCCUGUUUGUUUCCUCCAGGAGAACCGGCAGCAAGACAGCCAGUCCCCACAUCCCCGCCGGCCUCUGAAAACAGCAGCGCAGCCCAUAGUAUCGGCAGCACACAAAGCACCCCCUGUUCCAGCAGCAGCGCAGCCUAA